AAGUGUUGAGAAGAAUGCGUUUUGUUUUGAAUGGCUACCUGGCAGCUGUUAAGACGGCAUUUGAUGAGCACUGCCACGGGAGGUUAGGGCACCGGUUGGGGAGGUUUGUGAUGGACGCCUUCUAUGCGGUGUGUCAGAGGGGAAUAAUUCCAUCGUGGAUUAGGCUCAGAUUGUUUGCCUUCUCCCAGAGGUUCCUGGUCCCUCUGUUGCUACACUGCUUGUCAACAAUCGCGCCAUGUGGCCUCUAUACUCGGAAUACGAAACAAGGCAAUGUGGAGUUCGAACACUUUGCUGAACAUCUCGCGGUAGAGCUGGCUCAGUCGCCGAGGAACGAGCUACUUCGAGAGGGUGAUGAGCUUCUCCGGAGGCUCAUGUUGACUAUGGAUCCUCAGCUGCAACUCCUUGUGGACAGAGUACCGGUGAAGAAGUCUUUGUCAUUCACGUCUAUUCUGAGCGUUAUGGAUGCGAUACGGCAAGAGUGGGGUUCUCCAAGUGAGGGGGAGAUAACUCUCACGUGGCAGUUGGAGCACGUGAGCAAGCCUAUGUCGCCUAAAGAUGCUGAGAGGAUUCUACGGCGGAUUCGCCAGAAACACCCUCACGAUGCACGCACUGUGAAGGAGCUGAUCUCGAAGCGACAACAGGAGAUCGACUUGCGCAAGGAGAAGCUCGACGAGAUGGUCGCCUGGCGUAAAUCCCAGAGGGGCUAUGCUGAUCUCCAACGUGCUGAGGAUUACUGGUGCAUGAGCGGUUUGAGAGGUGUCGAGGAAAAGUGGAGGGAAUUGGAUGAGCGCAUCGGCCGGGAUAGGGCUUCUCGAGGCCACAAGAUGGAGACUAGCGAUGUGAAGGUCCACUUGGCCAGUGAGGAGAUUUGCGCGCGUCUGGGUUUACGAGCUGAGGACACUGAAGAGGUCCUCGGGGCAAUCUGGAGACAAAAUGGCGAGUCAGUGGGAGAGAUCGAUGUCACGAUAGUUGACAAGAGAACAUCGAAAGCGGUAGCUCUGGUCGAGAUCAAGUCCCAUGCCUUCUUCUGUCGGUCUGCGUGGCAUCAACACCAACGGUGGCUGAGAGGAGGCUCAACACCUGUCCAGCUGCUCCGGUCCGAUGGAAGCGAGGGCAGUUCGGAAGCGUCGGUUUUAUGGGACAGCAAACGCGAUAGUCAUUCUCCACCACUCUUAUUUGUGGUUGUGUGCCUGUCUCCCAAUUGUUACCGCCUUGGGGCGGAAAGCUGCGUUCUGGACUGGUUGUGGCGCAAUGUCGGCAGCCCGACUAUCGAGCAAGAAGGAAGCAUGUCUCCUGAGAAUUUGAAGUUAUGGGCGCACAAGCAGGGCUCUGGGGUGUGGAGCAGGAUGAGAGAGCGCGUCAUUUCCGAGAUGAAUUUAGUUCCUGAUGACAGGGACCUCUUAGGCGAUCACAACGAUGAUGCUUUAGUCGAUCCUGUGAGGUUCAUUUUUGCUCUCAACAAGAGUGGUAGAUUGAUUGUUAUGUAACUAUUCAGUAGCUACUGCUUCCACUGCGUUACUGUGCAUUGGUUUACAACGUUUCUCCA